UGUGCCACGGAAACCACCCCCCACACCAAUUGCCUUUCACACACUGCUGUCUACCGAGCGACCGGAGCGACCGAGUCACGUGCGUCCGGUACAUUCGGUGUGGGUGUCAACGAAGUCCCAGGGAAAGAAUUCAGCACUGCAGCAUAUGGCCAACAGUCCUCAGAACUCAAUCCUGCCACUACCGCUGUUUGUAGAGCAAAGAGGGACACCGGCGAGGAGGUACGACAGGGGAAGAGAGGACGAGGGCUACGACCACAACCAGCCAUGAAAGUAGAUGGCGAUGGGGGGUACGACGUGCGAGGGAGCACCGCUACAGGCUCGGCUGGAUUCGUGGCUGGAAGCAACGUGGGCGUGCUGAAGUCGGUGUCUGGCACGAGGUACCAGGCGGUGGUAUCAGAAAAUGCCCGUUUCUCCGAGGAUGACUCUGGCAGCGGGGUUCAACCCUUCGAGGUAGAGCUCCUGAGCGAUGUCGAAGGCGCUUCAGAGAAAAGAAGGCCGGGUCCUGAGAUGGAUGAAGCUUAUGGAGCUUCGUCAACCUCGGAAAACGACAAGUGGAUGCGGAACAUCUGGGCGGUGCAAAACAGAGCCGUCGUGAUGAGCUACUUCUGCGUCGGAUUCGCGAUUCGGUUCCUGACCACGCCGAUCUCCUACUACAUGGUCAACGUCAUAGGGGCUUCGCCGGGGCAGCAGAACAUCAUGAUGACGCUGGCCCAGCUUCCUUGGAGCUUCAAGCUGGUGUACGGGUUCAUAUCGGACAAUUUCCCCAUCAGGGGCAUGCGGAGAAAGCCCUACUUCAUCAUGGGCUGGCUGGUGUACGUCUUGACCAAUAUCUACGUUGCGACGAAGGAGAGACCGAGUAUCCAGCUCCUGGCGGUGGGGUCGCUGAUCAUGUCAAUGGGGUUUAUGCUGUCGGACGUGACGACUGAUGCCAUCUUGGUUGAGCGGUCCAAGCACGAGCCUGCCGAAACCAGGGGAAGCAUGCAGGCCAUCGGCUACAGCGUCCGCUUCGUGGGCAGCCUGUUGGGAAGCACGAUGGGCCUGUUGCUGUACAACAAGGACAAAUGGGGGUGGGGCUUGUCCAUUCAGCAGCUCUUCUUCUUGAAUGCCAUCUUCCCUGUGUUGUUCAUGGGGCCAUGGGUGUGGUCGCUUAGGGAGACGGCUGUGGUGACGGACGGCAACGUCCCCAUCGAGCAGCGGCUGCGGGAGCAGUGCACGGAAGUGUUCCGAGCGUUGGAGCAGAAAGCAGUGUACGGGCCGUUGGGGUUGAUCUUCAUUUACAACCUUUUUCAGGUGCCCAACGCUGCGUGGAGGUCAUUCCUCGUCAUUGGGCUGUCUUUCUCCAACUUCGAGCUCGGUAUUCUUGGUGUGAUCGGUUCCCUGAUGGCUAGCUUGGGGCUGCUGGCGUACAAAAAAUGGUUCUUCCACUCAAGCUGGCGGAAGCUGUACGUUUGGACGACGUUGAUCGUCUCGUUUUUCAGCGCUUUCCAGAUUCUGCUCAUCUUGAGGGUGAACAAGGUGUUUGGUAUCGGUGACCUGGUCUUCUCCAUAGGGGACGACUGCAUCGCCGAUUUCGUGUCGAGCAUACAAUUCCUUCCCGUGGUUCAGAUGUAUAUUUCGAUGUGCCCCGAUGGUGCGGAGGGCACGACCUACGCCAUUUUGACGACCAUGUCGAACGUGUCCAUGGCUGCGGCUUUCACCCUCGGGACCUUGUUCACCGGCAUAUGGGACGUGAGCAAUGAGGCUUUCGGCCGCGGCGACUUCACCGGUAUGUGGAAGCUGACUCUCCUUACGAGCUUGAUUCAGCCGCUGCCGCUGAUAUUGGUCAGGCGACUCCCGGCAAACCAGUCGGAGCAACAGGCCCUUCAGAAGACCGGCAUAAGGAACCGAUGUGGAGGUUACGUGCUCCUCACGGUGCUGUUCGGGAGCCUGUUUGGGACUGUGGUGGUCUCGAUCAACAGUCUCAGCUCUUGAGCGACGGAACUGGACACGCAGCCACAAUAGGGCGUGUCUGUUUUCCCAUACCCGGGAAGGAUAUGGGUUUCCCGGGCAGUGGAACUGGUUUUGCGGGGCCCCCUUUUUGACGGACGGGGGCCCUUUUGUAUAACCUGGCAUAGUCUAAACUUUAUUUUUGUCACCAUUUCGUACUUCGUAUACUCUUCUACCUCUGGUCACAUUUAUGAGUCGUAUCAAUGAGCGCAUGCCGGAGCCUUGCUUCGAAGAGCCAGUGCUCGUUGUGCCGGACCUACCUGUUUAUGACUUGGAAGGCGUGUGUGUGGGCUUGUUGGCCUUGCCAACUAGUACCUUGUACCUACGUUGCUGUGUUUUGCGCUGGUUCACUCGAGGUAUGCACAGGAGCUUGGUGAAGCUAAAGACAUGCCUUUACCCCCCCCGGCCUUGUCCUACUCCCUCAGAAAUGAUAAACGAAGCGUGUUGUAUCCAGUUGGUCUCGGAGGCUUCACUGUUCGGCCAGGAAACAAGUCGGCCGGAAAAUGUUAAUGUGUUCACACGUGUGUUGUCACGAUGGUACUUGUGGUGCAUUUGCUUGCGUUGCUAGUUUUGGCAUGAAAUUGGAACUCAAGAGAUGAUGUUAUCCAAUAAAGGUUUUUGCUCAGGAGUGCACGCUACGCCUGCGGUGUUUGCUUGAGUCUAUGACAAAAGCCUCUCGAGACGUCGUUGUAUGUGGGGGUACGAUUUUAGCAUAGCCAUACCCCUCCCUCCCCUCGCUGUUUGUGCAGCCAUUCCUGGCAAGGACGUCUGACCUGGUUUUGGAGACAAAGCCAAGACUUCGCAUUUGGUGAUGGAUACAAACAUUGGUCAUGGGCUUUGUCCGCCUUCAAAAAUAUCUCUUUUCUCCCUGCCUCCCUUUCUCAUUCUCUCUGGUGUCGUCUGAUCGUUCCACCUACUCCGCAUGCCGGCUACUCGCUUCGAUUUGUGUGGGCCCACGAACCUGGUCACACAGGAAGCAAGACGCUGUAUCUUUAGGUAUUUGCCUUUUUUUUUGUUAACUUUGGAGCACAAAAGGGGGGGACAGAUGCGAGGGUUGACGGACUGCGCUACAGCUAUCGUCGGUACCAGUGUCCUUUGUUGGCGCCUUGCCGCCCAAGUAACCUUGGCCGCUU